UGUUGACAGUGUGGUGUGGUGUUGACAAUAUGGCGUGGUGUUGACAGUGUGGUGUGGUGUUGACAAUAUGGCGUGGAGUUGACUUAUAUUAGUGUGGCGCGGUGAGGAGGUGUCGUAUUAGUGCCAUGGGGAGGAGCAGAAACGAGGGAGGGGAAGACGAAGAGGAGGUGGGGUUUGCCUGUCACCUCCCUCCCCACCCCGGAUCACCACCCCCGCAUCUACACAUCUAGUGGCUCCACUCCCCUCGUCGUGGCUGCCUGGUGGGGAGCUGAAGGUAAGAGUGGAGUGCAAGGGAGUCCAUUCUUGCUUCACCUGCAUCUUCUUCUGCAUCUUGAUUUACGCGAACGUUUGAUGGCGGACGAGCAAACCGCUGGCAGGGAGGGGUUGCUCCAUGGAUCUUCCCCCUUGUCGGGUGAGGGACUGCGGGCGGGGCGAGGUUCGGAGAUAGCUCACGUAGCGGUGGUGAGCGAGGAUGGCGUUCGACGGGCACUGCGGCACGACCAGGGGAGCGAAGCCCACCUGAUAUCGUGGUCGCGGCACGACUUCACCAACAAGGGCGAUAACUACGUGGCGGAGGUGACCAGCGUGAGCGUCCAGUACCGGCUGGGCACCCACACCCGCCACGCCUCCUACGUCCUCAAGAUGAGGCGCAGCCACGCCGGCUCCCAUUUUGAUGAUAUGGUUUUUCUGAAGGAGGGCAAGUUCUACACGGUUUUGCUGCCUCUGCUCAACUCCGAACUGACGAGUGCGGGUCAGGAGCCCCUACGUGUGCCCCGCUGCCUCCACGACGUCUGGGAGGACCAUGACUCCCAGUUGUUCUUGGAGGACUUGCGGCUACGGCACUUUAAAAUGUAUGAUCGCAAGAAGCCGCUGAGUAUGGCUCACGCCAGCCUGACGGUGCGGGAGCUGGCCAGACUGCACGCGGCCUCCGUGAUGAUGCUGUCCAGGCAGCCGCGGGAGACGCCACCCCUUAACUUCCUCUCGUGGGAUAUGAGCAACUACUCCCAGGAGACCAACAGUGCCUUCGAGGCACUCAUCUCUGGCAGUCUCCAGACGGCGGGCGAGGUGGCAGGAGCAGCAGGUCGGAAGGACAUGCAGGAAUGGUUCAGCAGUCUGGCUCCCCGCGGGCCUUCACUCCUCACCGCCCUCACUCAUCUCGCUCCACCCUUUGACGUCAUCGGCCACGGGGACUGCUGGGUCAACAACUUGCUAUUCAGGGAGGAUAGCGAAGGCAAGCCCGUGGAGGUGAUGUUGGUAGACUUCCAGCUUUGCCGCCGGUCUUCGCCUGCCCUGGACCUGAACUACCUGUUGUUCAGCAGUCUCACUGCCGCACAGAGAUCCACCAACCUCACGCACCUGCUGGCCACCUACUACUCCUCCUUCCGUGCCGUGCUCACCGCUGCCGGCCGAGUUCCGCCCUUCACGCACGAGCAGCUCACGCAGGAGUUUAACACCAAGAGUAUGUUUGGCCUCAUUUUUGGCGCUUUAGCUGUUCCCGCCCUCAUCUGUGACGGCCAGGACGCCCGGGAGUUCGAUUUCAAAGCAAACUCGGGAGACCACGCUGGUGACUACGUCUUGAAAAAGCGUGAGAGAGCCCUCAGGAUGGUCACUUCUAACCCUCUGAUGCGACCCCGCCUUCUCAGCUUGUACGAGGAUGUGAGCCGCCACGCCCCAGAAACCUCCAUGACACUUAGAGGCUCUGAGUAUUUAUCGGGAAAGUCUCUCACUGUUCCUUCGUUUGGCGAACAGGAGAAUCAUGCGAGUGCGUGAAUCUGUCUGACACGGCACAUUGGCAAUGAGUGACAGGAGCUAUGUAAGGAGGUAAUAUCCAUGUGAGUAAGCGCUGCUUUAUUGUCUGUGGUGGAAGGUCGAGUGAAACUGUGCUACUACAGGAGUGAGGACUACCUUUCGUGUAUCAAGAGCACAUUAUCGGAACACGAUUACAUGAAGUAGCUUCCUGAGGCGAGGCGUCCAAGUAGUAUGGAAGUAACAGACUGGCGCAAGGAAAGUGUCCACUGACGAGUGAGAAUCCUCUUUGCUGUGGGUGCCAUUGUGUGGCCUUGUCUGCAGUCAGUGCACAACACUGCACGACAGUGACAACAUGAUGGACCCGUUUUCUUUUCCACAGAAAGAACACUCGGACAUCACGAAUUCAGUCUGGUUAAGAAAAUGGUAGCUGCGCUUGAUUUUUUUUCUAAAAUAUUUAGAAAUCCAAGGUGCACAGAAAUGAAGUAUGUGAAUCACCUUUUGACUUUCCCCCAAAAUAAUCUAGUUUUUAAGUGGGGAGAAACGUCUCCUAGUUCCAGUAGUUCUGAUGUGAGCAUUUUCUAAAAUGUAAGAAGGGAGAAUGAUCUAAAUAUAUGGAAUAUACAAUAAGUUGUUUGUAGCUGUUUAAUGUUGAAUAAAACUUUCUGAGUGUGA